CUGUUUCAGCUGUUUCGCGCGUAGGGAAUAUAUCUGAGCCGGCAUCUUGGUGCUGUUAGUCAGUCGAAGCACAGCCGUUGUCGCGGAGUGUGCUCCAAAGAGAAGCAAGAAGCAAAAAUCUUUUUUUGGGUGAUCAAGGCGGUUAUAUUCUUAUUUCCUCCCCGAAAGCUGCAGUAAAGUGAAAAUUUGUGGAUUGUGGACAAUUUUCUUUUUGCCAAAUAUUUUCAUUAUUAUUGCAAAAUAAUAUGUGUGCCAUAAUAAGUUAGAAGAUACACCUCCCGCCCCUCUGAAUAGAUAGCACAAAAGUAAAAAAAAAUAUUUGGACCUUUGAAUUAUUAAAAAAAAAAGAAAUCAAAUCUAAGACAGAGAAAAUUAAAUUGAAAGAGAUCAUUAAUUAAAAUGAACUACCAUUUGGAUGCACCGAUACUAAAGAUGAAUGAGAGAUGGCACAUUCCGAGAGCUUCGCUCAGUGGAAGUCACACCUCAUCGAGUGGACACAGUGUGGGAUCGAGUUCCUCAGACAUUUCCUCACUCAGGGAGUUCCAGAUGCGUCGACCACCGGAAGGGAUUCACACGUGUAUCGGAACACAGCAUGGGAAUCGACUUCGUGAACUCCAGACACGCUUCAGUGACUCCACGCGCCGUCAGAGUACACUCGAAAACCCGAAGCGUGGCUCAAGAUCGUCCCAGGGAUCCUCAGACAGCAAUCAGAGUACUCAGAGCGCAUCUUCGGGAUCUCUCCUUUUAACUGUGGCCAAUUUGGAGGAGUUCACUCAGAGGACAAUACAGAAAACCCCAACGUGUCUUCCAGCGCCAUCGGGAAGAUCAUCUGCAUCGAAAUAUUUUACAAAUAUCACCCUACCGCCAACCCUGGAGGACGUUAAUCCAUCCUUGGAUAUGAGAACCAAAGACAUGGAUGCUGUCUCGAUGGCUAGUUCGACGCACUUUACCGUCGUGAAUGGAAUGGGUGGACAACAGCAGAUACCUAAGAGUGGAUUCUGCACCCGAGGCCAUCAGAUAACCAUCUUAAUUCUCAGUAUGAGCUUUGUCUUUCUCAUUGGCAUCAUUGCAGCUGUUUUCCUCCUCGAGAUGCGUGCUCGAGAUAUGCCAAAGUGAACGAGAUGAUGCUGAGAAGGUGUGGAUUUUACCGAAAGAGUAUUUUGGAGCCAACAAUGGCCUUUCAUAUCCGCGCUUGAGUCUCUCUUCAAGUGGCGUGAUUAAUUUAUACUCGAUAAUUUAAUUUAAUGUAACCUCCCUAUCUGCCAAUUCUUUGAGGCAUUUAAUUACCACUCUAUGGUUACUUAUAUGCCUACACCUAUCUAUUCAGAAAGUGUAAUUUCUUCAAAACUUACUCAUCUAUAUUCUGUGAUAUUCGUAAGGAAUAAAGAGCUAAAUACGAUAAAA